UGCUUCCCGUAUCCGCUUUGAUCAACAAUUUAAGUGCUGAGAUAAGUUUUCCUGAAGCACGGACAUGAGCAGCACUACUUGUGGAUGGAGAGGCAUUUGAAGCAGGAAUGGACGGUCUGAUUAAGAGUCUGGGGAAGAUUUCAAUAGGAGUGCCAUCUAAGCCCUCUAUUUUCACAUUUGUGCCAGUGGUGCAGAAAUUACCAAUUGAAAGCAUUGUUACGGAGGAGGAGAGAUCUGGAGCUCUGACAGGAAAACCAAAUAAGAACUUAUCUGCGUCCCAUGAGAAGACAACCGGGGAGACCAUGUCGGAGAAGGAGAUUUUCAAAGCGGAGAAAGUCUUUAUCAAAGACCCUGUAGAGGGAGGAGCAGGAAACGCAACCCAACCAGGGACAAAGCGUCACCCUUCACUGGAUCACGUGAGCCUCUCUCACACCAAAGCGUCUCCUUCAGUCAGUGUUCAGUCUGAAAAUACCCCCAACCACGUCGCUGCCGGCACGGCCUCUAUGGAAACAGCUGUUGAUAAACACUGGGGCAUUUCCCAGCGGCAGUGUCACGAUACCUCUGGACUUACUGAGGUUAGCUCGGGUUACUUUGUAAAUAGGGCGUCUGUGUCAGAAGACAGAAUAAGCCCCACAAACUCGGCAGACCUGUUCCCCACCCCGGCAUCAUCCAGAGAGUCCAUCCUCUCAGAGGGCUCGGACAGAGAGAAGGGCUGGUCAGCUGUGCAGCUUUGCUCUGUCACCUCUCCCACUUCUCUCAGCCGCACUGUCUCUCCCUGCUCAUCAGUCCGCUCUGGCGUCUUCUCUCCUGCUGUCGUCCAGAUCAAGAGGCACUUUCUGGCUCCUGGCUCUAGUCUGGUUCAAACCCCUUGUUUCUCAUCCUGUGAGAGCCUGUCCUCCUCUGGCUGUCCCCAGUCCCCUCCUCCUCCUCCCCGGCACCGGCCUCCUCUCACCCGACUCUCACUCCUCACUGCCAUCUUGAGAAAAGGCCGUCUCCCUGUCCUGUCUGCUGCUGUGCAGAGGCCUUACACCCCCUGCUGGCCUGUUAGCCCCGUGACCCUGUCCUUCUGUAACGCAUGCUCAGCAGCCUCCAGUGUGGCCUCCAUCCCCCUCGAGUUUUCCUCCCAGUUCUCCUCAUCAGCGUCUAUAGAUAGUCAGAGCCACAUUUACAGGGAGCCUCAUAAAUACGUCACAUCUCCUCCACCUUUGCAGUCGAACAAGCUCAGCAGUAGAAGCCCACAAACUCAAGUGCAAAGCUGCUCGGAGCAAAUUAGCUCAGGCAAUGUGCCUAGAUGGGAGCAGGUUAUUUCACCCUUGGCGAGGAAGAGCAGCACACUCCCCCGAGCUCCACCUCUAUUCUGCUCAAACUUCAAUUCUGUUUCUCCAUUAAAACAUGAAGUAAUAGACUGUUGUGCAACUUCCAAGAAGCUGCAACACACACACAUGUCCACCUCCAAGUCCCCUGAGUUGAAGCCCAUCAACACUGGCAUACACCUCAAGGGCCCUGCAGAUAACAACCAUAAAAAACUCAUCUCCUCGUCCCCCAAAGUUACUAAUGAGCAAGAAACCUCCAUGCCCCAGAAAUGGGGUCGCCCAGCAAAUUCAUCUCUCUCAAGGCUUCAAUUGCUUUCUCAGCAACUGAGAUCUCCACCUGUCUGCCCUCCUCGGCUUCAGCCUUCUCAGUCACACUUACCGGGUGUCACAAUCAUGCGUAACACAGCAUCACCACCUGUACAAAACACCACAGGGAGGUGUGAGUCAGGGAGGAGCUGUCCUGAUUCCAAAAGUGCCACAACAUCAGCUCACAUAGCUCACUGUCUGUCUCCUUCCCGCUACACACCCAUUGCUUUUCCCGGAUGGCCGUCGCCCACCAGCUCCCCCACACCUACGCCCUCUCCUGCUCCACCAAUCAGAGACUUCACCCCGUCCCCUUCUCUCUCCAUGCGCUCCACGCCCUCCCCAAGGCCGGGGAGUGGAAUAUCAGACUGCAGUGACAGGGAGGGUAAAAAAAGAAAGACACACAAGAUUAAGUCAAGCUACAAAUCGCUCGCUGCAAUUCCCACAAACACCCUCCUGUUGGACCAGCAGGCAAUAGACGAACAGGUAGAGAGGGAAGAGAGUCCGUGUGACAGGUUGGAAAGAGGUGAUACGUUGGACAGAAGUGUUGCAGACACCCACGCUGAGAUGUGCUCGCCCGCUGAGCUCCGGCAGCAGUCAGAGGAACUUUAUGCAGUUAUUGAUGAGAUAUUGGCAAAUUCCAUUCCAGAAAGCAAAACAUCCCGCUCACAGCAGUCCGACAGGUCAUCGACCAAUGCUGGUCUGCAGCAGGACUCGUCAUUUACAAAAUCCUUGGGACGUGAAACCAAAUAUGCAUCUGUAUGCAGCUUGCACCCAUCUACCGGUGUGGAAAGGAAGCUUAUGAAUCCUAAAAAGACAAAGCCCGGGGUUAUUCGCCCCAUGACGGCCAUUCCAAGGCUGACAGUCGAGGACAAGGAAGAAUUUCAUUCUAACCCAUUUAGACAGGUUGUCGUCAAGCAGACUGACAGUAGAAAGGUGGAAAGCAAGAGUCUCGAAGACGUCGGCAAGGAUUUUUACAUGAGUUCAAAAGGCCAAGCACGGAGAGAAGAGAAGAAGCCUGAAAGACGAGGUCCAUUCACAGUAUGUGACCUUCAGAUAACAGAACCUGGAGACCAGACGAGUCCCACAGUGAAAGAUGCCUCAACAUGUUUCGGUCCAACUCAGCGGCGGAGGGAAGCUUUUGAGACUCAUAUUUAAAACAUUUACCCUCAACCCUCUUUUGUUUUUUAUUAAAACAAUUAUCUGCUAAGGCACAAUCAGCACUAAACACCACUACACAGUUAAAGAAGCAAUGACAAGUUAAUUGCACCUUGCCUGAAUUAGUGAAUGAGUUUAUAACCAAAUGUGCAACAGUUAACAGCAGCUGACAACAAAGGUUCGAUAAGCCUUACAGAAAUAAUAAAAAUGGAAGCAACAGAUGGUUCCCCAUUCCCACAGUUACUGCUGCUGCGCCUGUCAAACUGUUCAUUUUCUCGCGGCACUUUCACAGUUUGCAGUGAUAAGAGGUGGCAGAUUUACCGCUCGAAAUUCUUUGUGAUUUUUUAAACUAUGGGGGCUUUGUUUCAGACAGAAGACACUGCUUCAACAUGUGGAGAAAUCCAACGUUUGACAGCCCUGCUGUGCCUUACUGCUUCUAAGCUAUGUUUAGAAAGUUGUUUUUUGGGGAACGGGUUUAGUGAACAGGGAAUUGGCGCAAAACAUCCAACAGUGAAGAAAGAGAGUUUAGCUGUGCAGGAUUUUCCUAAAGAUAAAGCAAACAACUGAGCGAACAUCAGGUUGUUUCAGUUGCUCUCAGUGAAGAUGUCCUAACCAGCUCGUGUGUCAGUGAUUAGGCUAAGUGACAUUUUGUUUGUUUGAAAAACUUCUCGGCCUGGUUCACACAGACAGGGUUGCUGCUGCAGUGCUGCCCAGUCUUGGUGGCUGAAAAAUGAAGCCAAUAUGGAACUGCCAAAAACUGCAGUUCUUUGAAUGGCCACUUGAGGCUAGCUCCAGAAGCCAGUUAGUCCCUGUAGACCCCCCUGUUAAAAUGCCCAACUUUACAGCAGGAAUAAACAUGUUUACAGCCAGAUACAAAAAACGGUUUUGGUCUCUAUAACUAAUGAUUCCCUUUAUGACAACUGUACAGGGGAUGGAUUUUUAUAUAACUCACCUGUUUACAUUUUAUAAAGGCUUAAAGUUACGCAUAUUUAAGGGUAGGCCGCUUUGAGUGACAGGCCGGCUGAUGAUAAUGUCCUCGGCUUCUCAGUCGCUCCUCCACAGCUUCACCCUCUCAUCCAAAUAUGGUCACCUCUGACUACAGAGGUCCAAGAUGGUGACUGUUGAAAUGUGGAACUUGAGGCUUCAAAUCAGGAGUCCACAAACCAAUGGGUGACGUCACAGUAGCUACAUCCAUUAUUUUUAUAGUCCAUGGAUGCUAAUGCAGAGCUGUCUGCUGUUAUAAGUACUAUAUUUCCACAAUGAAAAACCAGUAGUCCACUCAUCUAUGAAGCUGUGCAGACACUUCACUGUCAACAACACAGUCCUGCAAAUAUCUCACAAUAAAAUGCUUUGUGUUCUGUGACAGAAUCAACGUUGUCAGAAGGCUUUUUUGUUGAAACAGAAAUACAAAGUGUUGAGUUAAAAAUAAAUAUUUUUUUCAUAUGUGUGACAGAUAUAGACAAUGAAACUGUAGUGAAAAGUGGCACAAUGUCAAUAUGAUUAUCAAAACACCAUUUCACUACCAAAAAUCUUGACCAUGAAAAAGACAAAUUUUGCAGACACAGUGCCCAAAAAAAAAAAAGCAAAUAUAGUGAGGUAAAACGCCAAGUGGACAAACUGGGCUUGGCUUUCACUUUCACCACUGAUACCUCUUACAAACGGUUACUGAGGUCAGUUACCUGCAUAGUUCACUCUUUAAAGUAAAUUAAAAUCUAUUUUGAAGUAGAAAAGAAAAAUGUAAAACGCUUAACGUGUCUCACGCUGUUGGAAUUCACAAACAUCAUGAAGGUCAUUGUUAUAAAUCCUUAAAGGAAAGGCUGUAAUGUAAUAAAGGGCAUCUCUAUCUCACCCUAUGU